AGGUUGAAUUCAGGUAGAGGGACACCCUAAUGCAUCAGGUACCUUGAAUAAUCAGUCUUAUUUUUCAGACUUUUUAUAUUAUUUAGUCAGUCAGUCUGUCUAUCAUUGUCUGAAUGUGUGUAUGGCUUUGUGCUUAUAUGUGAUUUAUGAUGCCAAGUGCAAGAAAAAUUCGCCAUGGGGCAAACAAGGUUUAUGAAAUCAGAUUGGCGACCGGACCGGUUUUGGAUCUGAUUGCGUGUAGUAGCGUGACAGAACGAGAACAAAGACACUUGAGCACAUAUUUGAGCAAGAACUAAGGAUAUGUGAUUCAUUUUAUACUUAUGUUGGAAUGUAAUUUCCCAGACAAUACCUACCAGCCCUGCCAUAACUAGUUGAGUUAGUUCUUGAUAAAGCAAAACAAAACAGGUGUUUUUAAAGGGGUGAUUUUUCCAGGUUAAUAAUUGCAUUUGGGGGCUACUACUAGAAUAGGGUUAAAUGCCUGUACGUUAAAAAUACCCCUAUUAUUCUCACUGUUCAGUUCUGCAAAACCAAUUUCAGCAUCUUUCAAAAAGAAGUCAGAGCGAGGACCGAGAGGGAAGUCUGUUGCGAUUGGUUAAACGCUUUAAACUCUUAAGAAUAUGGGGAGCAUAUUUUGAUAGUGUUUUUGUCUUUAUUGGAGAUUUCAGAGGUGUAGUAUUUGUAUUUUAUACCAAUACUCAAUCGCGUCGUCAUGCGCACGCAAAACCACUAGGUAGCAAAAUCUGAUAGGUAGCACAAAUUGGCCGAACACCGGCCGUGAGGUCACGGUGGGCGGGUAAAACAAACAGGAAGUAAGCCAAUUUCUCAGAAAGGCCUUUGAAAAAUCAUAACAAAACUUGGUACAUAGACCCAUGACAUCAUCAUGGGGACACUCAUCAAAUUCUCUUAUUCUCUUGGUCUUAUUUGUCAGACUUUAUUAUUUAAAGUCUGACAAAAAUAAUAAAGUCCUGUUUGGCAAAGCUGCCAAACAGGAAGUAAGCCAAUUUCUCAGAAAGUCCUUUGACAAAUCAUAACAAAACUUGGUACAUAGACCCAUGACAUCAUCAUGGGGACACAUCAUGGGGUCACCACAAAAUUUGGUGACCUUAGACCUCCAGGGGGGGGCAGUAAUUAUUGAAGAUGUGUUUUAACUUGGCCGCGACAGCCAAUCAAACUUGACGGCGAAGCCACCCAACAGGAAGUAAGCCCAUUUCUCAGCAACUCUUUAAAAUAUCAUAGCCAAACUUUUUCAAAUUUUGUGACCUUUUACCUCAGGGGGAUGUCAAACAGGAAGUGAGCUCAUAUCUCUCCAUGACUUCAUGUAUCCGAACCAAACUUGGCUCAUAUGCCGCCUUCAAAACAGCUCAGAGAUUUGGAAGCUCUUUCGUGUCUUUACGUAAACGUUUCCUUCGUUCGAAACGAGAGUUUUCAGGAAACGCCCCUCAGAUGUUCGUAGGCUAUGACAUAAAACUGGAAAAACCGAUUGUUGGUGAGACUAGACUUCAUAACGACAAGUAUGGAUGCCCGCGGGGCCCUUUUUGUGCUUCUUUGCUGAAUCAUACAUCAGUUAAUAGAACUGCUUGCGAUGGUUGAACAUGAGCGAUGUGUUUCAGGGGAUUUUUAUAAUUGUAAGCUAUAAUGUAUCGCAAUGCAAAUGUUAGAAUGGGUGUUAAUUUGCCUCUUAAUGCUUGCUGCAGGUUCACUUUAGUCUAUCAAUUGAGAUGGCCGGCUAUUGUUGUGACGUGAUCUUGGAAAACUCGGGAAGCUUUACUUCCGCACGAAACUCUUUCCGUACUAAACUUUCCUCCGAGCUUAAGGUCCGAACCUCCUGGAAACGCUUAUUGUUUUGAAGGCAGCAAUAGUCUUAUGACUCUAUCCUGAUGAUGCCCAAAUCAUUUGGUGACAUUUGACCUCUAGGGCGGCAUUAAAACCAUAGUGAGUGUGAUCAUAUCUCAGUCUAUCUUUUAUUAUUUAUUUUUAUUAUAUUUGAAUCUUGUUGAAAGUGCUGGAGGCCGUGUGUUUGACGUAGAUCCAUCUUGUUGCUGUGGCUACUCUGGUCAAUUCUGCUUGCAGAAUUAUCUUGUUGCUGUGGCUACUCACCAGAGUAGCCACAGCAACAAGAUAGAUCUACGUCAAACACACGGCCUUCAUCUCUUUCAACAAGUUUCACAUCAAAAAAUAAAAGAUAGACUGAGAUAUGAUCACACUUGAUUUGGUUUUAAUGCCACCCUAGAGGUCAAACGUCACCAAAUUAUUUGGGCAGCAUCAGCGCCAUGUUACCUUGCGACAACGUGCACAAUCAACGCACCAAACGAUCGCAGCAUACGUAUGGCAACCCUGAUCCGUAGGCGGAUGCGUUGUUAGCAGCAGGUCUAUUCCAGCCCUUAGAAAGCAACUUCAAUGUAUUUUCAUUGUGAUAACCAUUUGCCAAUAGCUUUCAUUGUAAGUGAAAUUACUGAGACGUCAUCAUGUAACCUUCGAACCAAUUACGUCUGUCCACCAAAAUUAGUUUAUGGAGUUGUAUUCUGCUUGGCCCCCUCUUUGCUGCUCCCAGCUAUAUUAAUUAGGUGAGUGCUGCAUGCAGCGCUCAACUAUUGUUCUUCAUAAGUUUUAUCUUUUAUCUUUUUCUUUAUUAUUCUCUACAAACUUUGGGACCUAUCUCCUUCCUCAAUUUUUCACCUAGAGACUCCAUUCAAAUUUUAAAAUAUUCAGAAUAGCUUGGAAUUGCGUGCCUUAUUUCAGAUUUUUUUAAUAUUUUAUACUUUUUAAGAUAUUCUACUUUUCAAAUAUUAUCUUCUUUUUUUUACCAUGGGAGUCAAUGGGAUUUCAACUGUUUCCCUUCAUUCAAACCUUUUAACAAAUCUACACACUUGUAUCUUCAAUAAUAUCUAAACUGAAUUUCGAUAUCAUUUAAACUAUCUUCAGAAUCACAGUUUUAGUUUCAAACCGUCAUAUUCUACAGUUGGUCCCAUUAAGCCGUCUGCCCAUUCUGACACUUAAAUUACUUAAGACAUCGUAACUCGGUCAAAUUUCAACCGUUAACCUUCAUUCAAACCUUUUACCAAAUCUGCACACUCGUAUCUUCAAUAAUAUCCAAACGGAAUUUCGAUAUCAUAUAAACUUUAUUCAGAAUAACAGUUUUAGUUCAUACCGGCUUCGUUUUCAGUUGGUCUCAUUGAUUUACGUUGACGCUGGAGCGUGAGGACGUGCAGCAGUGUUGCCAGAUUGGGCGUUUUUCCCGCUAGAUUGGGCUAUUUUUGGAGGACGUUCCGGCAGCGUUGCCAGAUUGGCCUGGCAACACUGCCGGGCCAACACAUUUGACCUUUUACAUUUCUGCAUUUUUAGCAAUGCUUUGCGCUUUUCAUUCGGCUGUCACUUUAUUUGUUUCCAACCAUUUACUUUUUCUUAAAUGGUGUGCAUGUUUACAUUGUUUACUCCAUUUAGACUUUUGAACUUCUGUUCAAAUCCUUUCACUUGAUUUAAGCCAUUUAACGUUUCUUUAUGUCUUAAUCUAUGUGGCUUUGUUAAAAAAUAUUUUCAACCCCACUUUGUAGGCCUACUACAGCCCCCACCGCAUUUUCUGGAGGAAAUUUUAUAUUUUUUGUUGUUGAUAAUAAACUUUUUUGGUUCUAGUUUUCACAUGAUGUUUAAUUUAGAGACAAUUGUUUUCGUGGCUUGGUUACACAAGCUGAAAACACACCGUAAACCAGCAGCCCGCAGCAGCAGCAGCAGCAGCAGGCAGAACUCGGGGCUUCCUGCUGAGAGCCCACUGGAUGUCGCAAAGCGUUCCUCUACCGGAGGAAGCGGUGUGCUUCUGUGGUUUGGUUCAUCACGACGGCCCGACGGGUCUAUCAGAAGCUCUGAGCACAGGAAGCAUCUCUCUGUGACGAGAUUAAAGUUGAAGGUUCAAGAUGACUGCGUUCAUUGUUAUCAAAUCAGGCAAUUUAACUGCAGUUUCCUCUCUGUCUCAGUUGUGCUAUUCAGGAGUAAGUAAAUUAUGUUAGGACUAAUCAUCGGUUUAAGUUAAUGCACGAAAAAAUACCAGACCUCAAUUGUCAAAAAGUUUAAAGUUAAAAAAAGUAUGCGUUUUGACCACUAUGAACUCAUAUUUUUCUUUUUUGGGUUGAGUUGUUACAAUUUAUCCUACAGCAGCCAUGAUAUGACAUUUUCCAGCUCGUCGCUGUCCUUUCUAAAGCCCAGAGCGACGUCACGUCUGGAACGCGGGUCCGCCCAUGCUGUGCCCGGCUGUGUGUGUGAGUGUGUCAGUAACGACAAAUGACCGGAUUAAGCAACGCGCAAGGGCUUUCAACUUGGGAAGGAAAGGCUCCACGAUAACGGGGGAAGAGGAACUGAACCUGCCUUUUAACGGGGGAGGAGCACAGAGUCCGCUGUCGUCCAAUUAAAUCCCCCUUUGAGAGCCCCCUAAUUGGACGAGGCCCCGCCCACGUUUUCUCCAUACCCCUGUGGCUCCGCCCCUCUGGGAUCACCCAACGGGGCCCCCCCUGUCCUCUCCUCCUCCUCCUCUCGCUGAGACCGCCCUCCACCCCCCCUCAGCGGCCCCCCGUGCACCGGGGAAGGCGGGGGCCUCAGUGGACCGCUAGCCCCGCCGGCGGCCUGUGAGCGGCGUGCGGCCGGGCGACGGCGUGCCAUGGCGCCCCGGCUGCGCAUCGUGUUCGGCCUCCUGGCGGCCGGCAGCCUGCCCCUCUUCUACCUGAUGAGUGUGAGCCUGGAGGUGUGGACCCCCUGGCACAUGGACCUCCUGGGGCGGGCCUGGUACGCAGCCAGCCCCUCCCCCCCAAGCAGCAUUCCAGGAGAUCGCCUGGGGCCCCUUCGGCUCAACAACAGUCUCUUUGGCCAGGACCCCGGGGCCUCCAGUGUUGACCCGAGCAGUGUGGCCCCAGACCCGUCCAGUCCGGGGCCAGUGCCGUCCACCACUGCUGCCGCCGGCCAGCCGCCGGCCAGGGGAGCGAGGGUAACCACGUCUAGACCAGCCCCCAUUGAGCCCACUCCCAGGGUGCCGGCCAGGGGACCGAGGGUAACCACGUCUAGACCAGCCCCCAUUGAGCCCACUCCCAGGGUGCCGGCCAGGGGAGCGAGGGUAACCACGUCUAGACCAGCCCCCAUUGAGCCCACUCCCAGGGUGCCGGCCAGGGGACCGAGGGUAACCACGUCUAGACCAGCCCCCAUUGAGCCCACUCCCAGGGUGCUGACCUUCGAGGAGGCCUACAUUGGAGACACGUACAGCAAAGAAGACAUCCCACCACAGACAACCUGCCCAGAUUCCAUCGCCAGGAAGUGGUCGUCAUCCGGCUUUAAUGGAAGUUUCCUGGGGACCGUUCCGGUUCUCCAGUGGGCCAAGGACGUCACGCUGCACCAGCACCAACGCCUGAAGCAGUUUCACGGAGCCUACGGAUGGUCCUCGAUGGAUUAUGACUCGCUGAAGGCCACGCUCUCCGUCCUCAACCUCACGGCCAACCACCAGAUGUUUGACGACUGGGAGCGCCGACGGAACGGCUCGCAGUGCAUCCGCUGCGCCGUGGUCGGCAACGGGGGCAUCUUGAAGGACUCCGGCAAGGGGCCCGAGAUCGACGGCCACGACUACGUGUUCAGGACGAACGGGGCUAUCCUUGAUGGUUUCCAGAAGGAUGUGGGCACCCGCACCACCCACUACACCUUCUCCACCAACACUAUGAAGAACUCCAUGGGGGGUUACCGUAGCGCGGGCUUCAGGGGGCCACCGGUGUCCAAGGAAACGCGUUAUGUCUUCCUUCCAGACAAUGACCGGGACUAUCUGAUGGUGAAAGCUGUCGCCACACACACACCGGUGGAGCGAGGCCACGAUAAAUCCAAAACUCCACCAAAGUACUUCGGAGAGGACGCGACGGCGGAGAAGCUAAAGAUGUAUCACCCAGACUUUAUCCGCUACCUCAGGAACAGGUUCUUUACAGCCCAAACACUGAAGAAGAGAUACAGGGGGAUCUACCGUCCGUCCACGGGAUCUGUGAUGCUUCUGGCUGCUCUGCACACCUGUGACCAGGUCAGCGCCUAUGGCUUCAUGACGCCCGACUAUAGCAAGUACUCGGACCACUACUUUGACAAAACCUACCACAAGGUGAUAUUCUACGCCAACCACGAGUUCCGCUUGGAGCUGGCGCUGUGGCAGCAGCUGCACAAGGCUGGCCUCAUGCGGCUGUUCAUGAGACCGCCGACCACGAGGAGCCCCCGACCAGCUACACACGGCCCCCAGAGUAACGGGACGGGGUAAUCUGGGUGCCGGAGGACCUGCCGUUUUUAGGACCGAUUGGGAAAAGAACACUGAGGUUUUUUUUCUCUCAAAGCUUUUUUUCUAAGAUUUUUAUUUGGCUUUUCGUGUACGGCGUAAUAAUUGUGUUGGUUUUCUCGUCAAGCUAACAGGUAAAAAUGUAGACUUGAUGGGAAACCACAUUGUGGCUGAUUGCCUUGACCGAACCCUGUCUCAGACGUUCUCCUCCAGUCUUUCUGUGUGCCUUGAAAUUCAGAAGAAAAACAGAACGGUCUUUUAUUUUAAAAACUUAAUUUAUUUCUGUUUUAAAGCAAUUUCAUUGGUGUGUAGUCUACGAUGCAAACUGCAUUUUAAAAACAUUAUUUUAGAAAUGACUCUGAGGAUCCUCCUCCCCGUGGCGUUAACUCAUGGAGGGCGAAGGAGCCGUGUCAAGCUGUGCUAUUGUGGAGCUGGGGGACAUAUUUUAACGGACUGAAGAUGUUUCCCCUGACAACACGGGGAGAAAGCGUCCCUUUCUCUCAUGGCCGAGCAGGGGGGUUUCCAGGGACAACUCUUCAGGGAGCGUUGGCGGCAGCACCUGCGACGACGGGCUUCACGGCCACGGCGUGAAGUGGAGCUGGACCUCGCUGGAGAGCGCUCGUCUCCUCACUGGUGGACUGCAGAUGAGGUUUUUUUGUGCUGCGAAACAAUAAUAACGGCGCCUCCGUAAAAUAUACUGCAUAGAGUUUGUCCUGCCAAAGAUACUCCGCGAAUCAGGGAACAUCUUUUUUAUACUGUUGAAGGACUUUCUGGUGUUGAAUCAAUGGGUGAUUUAAGGGCUAAAAACUUAGACUGGCAUUGCACAAUUUCUGACUGUGAUUUUGAUUCCUGAAAUUUGUCUCCAAGUAAAAGGGUGACCUCCGACCUGCUGGGGUUAACAACAGGUUCAAGUAUUGUCUCGUCAU